ACAAACGUCAACGUCGCCAUAAAUUCUUGUGUUCUGUGCUUCUGUGUUUGUGUUUUCGUCAAAAUCAUCACAAAAACAAACAGCUGAUAUAAAUAAAACUAUUAUGAAUGAUUAUCAAAAGUAAUCAUUUAGAAUGUCUUCAACAGUGAGCAUAGAAGAUUUGUGUGCGACAGAUUUAUCGUUAAUAUGCCGCGGCUGUCUGGCUACAUCUGGUAAAAUGAAGAACAUGGUGGAAUGGGGACUUACUGAUGAGUUCUACAGGCUCACUAAUAUUCAGGUCAACACAUUGGAUAACCCGUCACUCCUGCUCUGUCUGCAGUGUGAGGACAUUCUGUACAAGAGCAGGAGCUUUAAGGUCAUGUGUCAAACUUCAGACCAGAUGCUCAAGAACGCCAUAGAGAUGAAACAAUCCAAAGAAUCCGAUUGGGCCAACAUUAAAUCUAACUCAUCAAUUUCUCAUGACAACAUCAUACACACUGAACUAACAAAUGAUUGCAUCACAAUUAAAAUAACUGCACCAAACAUGGACCAAAAGCUACACCUACCCUGUCAUUAUUGUCCACACCAGUGUCUAAAGAAAACUGACUUAAUGUCACAUAUCACAAAAGUGCAUAGUAUGUCCCAAUUGUUGACAAUAGUUACAAAGUAUUACUGUCAUAUACAAUACUGUGCAUACCACAUAAACUCGGAUAAGGAAAAACAUUUCAACAGCCGAAAGCAUUUGAAUCAACACAUUUUAAAAGUGCACGGAGAGAAAGUCAACUGUCUGGAAUGCAAUCUAUCAUUCCACAAUGACGUCAGUUACAAAAAACAUUUAAAAACGUGCAACAUAACCCACAUUUGCAACGUAUGUGGUACACAAUUUAAUACUAACGAAAAGAUGCUAGUACAUUUGAUGAGAAAGCAUCCAGAACACCACAGGAGAUACAAAGACGAGAAAUGUAGAAAACGGUGUUCAGAAAAGGAGAUUGAUUCGAAAAGGGUGAAAAAAGAGAAAACCCAAGAUUAUGAUAAGGAAUACUUCUGCGAUAGUCCGAAACGAUCAUUCGCUACACAGACAUUGGAACACAUAAAAAAUGAUGUAACUUUAUCAUCAUGGCAGACCAAGAAAGAUGAGAUAUCCACUCAAACUGUCUUCGAAGAUCUGUUAUCAUUAAAAUCCACCAUGAGUGAGGAGGAGACGAUUUUCUCUGACUCAGUUUCACUAUCUGAUAUACAAACUCAAACUCUGCCGCUAGAGUUUGGUUUGAGCAGGUCUAACAAAGAAACUAUUACGUCAGAAACUCAAUCACCAGAUUUGAGUAUAAAGGAAACUCAAACUUGUGUCUGUCUGUAUGACUCGAAGCCUAACUUUCGAUGUAUAGACAGUGUGUCGUCUAGUCCAAGUACGUUUAGUAUUUUGACGUCAACAGAAACUCAAACUUUGGAUGAUUUUUUGAGUUUUUCGUCCGCUGAAACACAGACUUGUUUCGAUGAUAAAGAAUUAUGAUAUUGGUUUUAAACUGUCAUAGUCAUACAUACUUCAUUGUAUGAAGGUUGUUUUUCGAAUGAUUCGAAAAGAGGCCGCGUCUGGGUACCUAGCUGAGCUACACAUUUUCGAAAAUUCAAAAAUGUAUGGCAAUGGCAUUCGUUAUUGACAGGUCACGUGAUCAAGUUGUCGAUCGGAUCUGCCAUUCCGAUACAUUUUGUUAGUUAUCGAAGCGUUAGAGUUUGUAGAAAGAGAAUCGACGUGGCUACAGACCCGAAUGGAGAAACGUUUUAACCCAUUCACAACGGUGUUUUUACAUCUAUUUUGUGUAUAUCUUUAGAACGAAAUAUCACGUCGACAGUGGCCUUCGAACGUUAGUGUCCGAGACGCAAUAUUGAGUUUUUAGCUUUAUUCGUAACUAGCCGACGCCGCGCGGUUUCACCUGCGUGGUUCCCGUUCCCGUAGGAAUACGGGGAUUAUAUUUAGCCUAUGGCCUUCCUCGAUAAAUGGGCUAUCUAACACUGAAAGAAUUUUUCAAAUCGGACUAGUAGUUCCUGAGAUUAGCGAGUUCAAUCAAACAAACAAAUAAACUCUUUAGUUUUAUAAUAUUAAUAUAAGGUCUUGGUUUAAGAAAUAUAUAAUGUAUGUUGUACAAUAUAUUAAGUAUAAAAUAAAAGAAAAAGAAUUUAGAAAAUUGA